AUGUUUGCUAUCAGAAACCUCAUUAGACCCACCCAGCAAUUCGCUAAAAAUGCAGUACAAGCCAGAAACAUGAGUGGCAUCGCCAUUCCUGCUAGAAAUAAGAUAACUAGGGGCGAGACAAUCUUCCUAGCGGGAUCCAUGGUUGUUGUAUGGCUGGCCAUCCCCGCCUGGGUCCUGGUCAACAUCAAACACUACCGCGACAAGAAU